AUGCAUCACACUACAGCAAAGACUCGUCAGCAAAAGAAAUCCUUCUGGUCACCUACCAACAUUGCUUUGGCCAUAGUGUUCGCUUUGUGGACACUUGUUCGCCCCCUAUCGCGUGGAACAAUAUCUGCUACUAUUGCAACUUCAAAAGAGCCACAAUUUAUGGCCGUCAUUGAUGCCGGGUCUUCGGGGUCCCAAAUCUAUAUCUACAAAUACUUCUUCUCCCCAUACGGCCACCUGAUAUUUCAACCGGACCCGGCGACCUUCAAGUCCACCACUAGCCUCGAUUACUUUCACGAACGAGACAUUCCCCAAAAGGCUGGGGCAUCUCUGGAACCACUUCUGGAAUUCGCCAAGGCAAACGUUCCACACAAUCUGACCAAGUCCACUCCUAUUGUACUCAAGGUUACUUCGAUGGGUCUGCGACAGGUUCAAUAUGUGCAACGAAACAAAGAAGGUGUCCAUUCCAUUCUCCAAAGUGUCCGAACAACUUUGCGAAAUUCGAACUUUCAAUUUCUCCCUUCCUAUGCUGAGAUUAUUACGGGGGAGGAGGAAGCAACGCUUGGUUGGCUGGCCAUCAAUCACCUACUUGAGACGAAAAAUGAAGGCAGCUUCAGACAUCGCAGCUCCUCCUCGGCCCAGAAUAAACCAGCUUGGAGUGUUUUGAACAUAGGAGGAAGCUCUGUCCAUGUCAGCAUCCCUCUAAAUGACACUAUUGGAGUUCCAGGUAAAUAUAUCACUUCCUUUUCAGACAAGCUGUUGGGAUACUCUUUAAACCUUUUCACGCACCCCUUUGACGGAUUUGGCAUUGUGGAUGCCAAGACUUCAGUAGGAAUGACGGUCCCAUACAUCAAGUUUACAAAACGCAAUGGAAAAUUCCGUGAAGACAAUAAACACGAAAAUGAAUAUGAUGACGACGAAUAUGAGUAUAAAGAUGGGGACUCAGAUGGGGAUGCGGAUGAAAGCGGAUACUACAGGAAAAGGAAGAAAGCAAACCUCAGGCAACCAGAUUACAGGAGCGCAAGUUACAGGGAUAAACAAGGCCAUGAAAUUUAUUAUCACCCGUGCUAUCCAAGUGGAUACAGGGAGGCCAACAUGCAUAAUUGGAGAGGUAUCGGUAGCUUUGAAGAGUGCCAAUAUGCAAUUAGGCAUCAGGACGACACCAUGAAACAGAGAAGUCGCAAAUCCUUUUGGAAAAGAAUUCAUGGGCCAGAUUUGAACAAGCCUGAUCACAACAAAGUAUGGGCAUUUGGAAUCUUCUAUAACAUUAUGAGUGGCGUGGGAGAAAUAGCUAGUGACGAAGCCGCUCGUGAAUUUUCCAUUUCCGAUUUCGAAAGGAUUGCAAAGGAAAUAUGUGAAAAACCCUGGAAGGAGAUUGACGCAAACUACCCUAAGGAUACACAACCGCGAGAAUACAACUCGGAUUUGUGUUUCUCGGCCAUAUAUGCCCACUCUUUCCUCACAUUUGGGCUCGGGUUUGACCCGCAACAACGAAUUACAAUCGGGAAUAAGGUGGAAAACAUUGAUAUCCAUUGGACGGUUGGCGCAGUACUCCAACAUUUGUCUAAAGGGAACUUGCUUCGCUCUUUUCCAAAUCAUCGUACAUUGGCUAUUGAUGCGCUACUUACCGAUGGAACUUUUACAGUCUAG